AUGUCCGCCCUUAAAAAAACUUUGGAUUUUACUAAUUUCGUAAGAAAAGUAGCUCAAAAUGAAAAAAUUUCUAACAAUGAAAUUGAGGUAUUAAUUAAACGUAUCUCUAUUUAUGAAUACAUGGCACCAUUUUUUCCCACCGUAAUAGAUGAAGAAAGAGCGAAAUAUAUUAUUUCGUACCGAGAAAAUGAAGAAGAGCUUGGGAAAUACCUGAAGUAUCUAGCCUUGACAGACAAAAGAAAAUUAAAAAAUAUGGAAAAAAAAAAUAUGAAACAAGAUUUAAAUAUGCUUGACCAAGAUCCGAUGCGUCUUUGUUUUAAUCCACUUAAGUCUAAAAUCCAAGCUAAACAUUAUUACGGAAAAAAUUUGAUUUCUAAUAUUAUAUUGAAUGAAACUCCAAAAAUUGUACUUGAUGUAACUUAUACAUAUAAUCCAAAAAGUAUGAUGGAAAGUAAAACUAAUUUUAUUCAAUUAAGAGAUGUUUUAAACAUUAAUUAUACGUCACCAAACCCUUGGGAUAUAAAUAUAGCUGGUUUUAACCCAACUGAAGAAAGUUUAAAUAUUUGGAAAAAAUAUAUUAACUUUUUAAACGAUAGUAAUACUGAAGAUGAUUUAUUACCAGAUUUUGACAAAAGACCUCCUCAUGAAUAUAUACCUAAAGAUAAGAAAGCAGUGUAUAUUUCACUUAAAAGUAAGAGAAUUAUAGAUGGACCGUUAGAUGCUGAUUAUUAUGUUAUUAAUUUCAAUAGGGAUCGGCAUUCUCAAUCAAAAGCUAUGGCUGCAAAAGCUAAUGUACAGGCUUAUUGUUUACCAAUACAAAAAUACGUAACAUGGCAAAGAGGACCACUUUUUUUACCAUUUGUUAAUAUGGUUAAUAUUUUGAAAGAUGUUCAUAAUAGUAAUGGUGAUUGGAAAACAGCUCUUGAAAGAAAUAUUUCUAAAAGAUAUAUAGAUCCCAAUUAUAGUGAGACAAUAAGGUAUAAACACAUAAGAAAAAAUUUGGAGCAAGGAAAAAAGGAAUUUGCUGAAAUAAUAGAGAUGAUGAGAAACGUAACUGCUUAA